AUGGCUGAAGAAACCAAGAAAUCUGUUGCUGUGCCUGCAAGUGAAGAGGUUGUGGUAACUGAUGUGCCGGUGCCUGAGAAACCCACAGAGAAGGAGGCGCCACCACAACCGGAGGCGGAGUGUGAGGUAGAAAAGGCUGAGAAGCCGGCGGCGGAAGAGGCGGUUGAAGGUGGUGCUGUUGAAAAGAACAAAAUAACUGAAUCGGCUUCGUUUAAAGAGGAAAGCAACAAGGUCGAUGAUCUGAUUGACCCACAAAAGAAGGCGUUGGAUGAAUUCAAAUUGUUGAUUCAAGAAGCACUUAAAAAGCAUGAAUUCACUGCUCCGCCUCCGCCCCCUGCGGCCAAGGAGGAAGAAAAGAAACCUGAAGAACCAAAAGCUGAAGAGAAGAAGGAAGAAGAAGAACCAAAACCUGAAGAGAAAAAGGAAGAAGAAGAAUCAAAACCUGAGGAGAAAAAAGAAUCAUGUGAGGCUCCUUCUGAAGUUCCGCCGCCGCCAAAACCAGCAGCCCCGGUGGAGAAAGAGGAGGAAGAGAAACCCACUCCACCGGCUGCGGCGGCAGAACCAUCAGAAUCUGUUGUUGAAAAAAUUGAAGAAAAAGUUGAAGCUGCUGUUGAAGAAAUAAAAGAAACUAUAGUUCAUGAAGUUCCACCGCCGCCGGCAGAGGAGUGCCCCCCUGCCCCGACGGAGGAGGAGAAGCCAAAGGAGGAGGAAGCAGUCGAAGAAACGGCACCACCACCACCACCGGAGGAGGUUUCCAUCUGGGGAAUCCCACUUUUGGCCGACGAAAGAAGCGAUGCAAUUCUCCUCAAAUUCCUCAGAGCCAGGGAUUUCAAGGUCAAAGAAGCCUUCUCGAUGCUGAAAAGUGUUGUAGCCUGGAGAAAAGAAUUCAAGAUUGAUGAACUCUUGGAAGAAGAAAACGUCGGAGAGGGGCUUGAAAAGGUUGUGUAUAUGCAUGGAGUGGAUAAAGAAGGACACCCCGUUUGUUAUAAUGCAUACGGAGAAUUCCAGGACAAGGAUUUGUACAACAACACUUUUGCUGAUGCUGAGAAACGAGCCAAGUUUUUAAGAUGGAGGAUUCAAUUUUUGGAGAAAAGUAUAAGGAAGCUUGAUUUUAGCCCAGAAGGUGUUUGCACAAUUGUCCAAGUGAAUGAUCUGAAGAAUUCCCCUGGACUUUUCCUUUUAAAGAAAGAACUCCGUCAGGCCACCAACCAGGCCCUCCAGUUGCUCCAGGACAAUUAUCCUGAAUUUGUUGCCAAACAGGUGUUCGUCAAUGUUCCAUGGUGGUAUGUGGCUUACAACAGGAUGAUCAGUCCAUUCUUCACUGAGAGGACCAAAAGCAAGUUUGUAUUUGCAGGCCCUACUAAGACUGCUGAAACCCUCUUCAAAUACAUAGCACCUGAGCAAGUGCCAGUUCAAUAUGGAGGCCUCAGCAGGGAGGGUGAACAGGAAUUCACAACUGCUGAUCCUGCAAGUGAGGAAUUUAUCAAGCCAGCAUCCAAGCACACUAUUGAACUGCCAAUUCUUGAGGCGUGCCAAUUGGUUUGGGAGGUGAGAGUGGUAGGCUGGGACAUUUCCUAUGGAGCUGAGUUUGUACCCAGUGCUGAGGGUGGAUACACAUGGAUUGUACAAAAAUCGAGGAAGAUCGGGUCAUCCGACGAGCCGAUAAUCAGUUGCUGCUUCAAAUCUGGUGAACCUGGUAAGAUUGUGCUCACACUGGAUAACCAAAGUUCAAAGAAGAAGAAGUUCAUCUACAGGUCCAAGAUUAAGUCCUCUGAUUGA